AUGCUGUUUAAAAACCUCGCGAUUGCUGAGCAAGAAAACGACACAUUAAUAUCCCUAAUAUUGCUAGAAGAAAGGGAGAGGAAGAUUGACAAUAACGAUGACAAUGGCAACGGGAAUGAGGACGGGAGAUUACACUGGGAUGAGAGCGAGAACGUUCUUGAGCACGAGAAUAAGAAUGGAAAAGAGAGCGAGAAUGAAAACGAGAAUGAGAAUGAUAAUGAGUAUAAGGAUGAGAACGAGAAUGAGAAUGAUAAUGAGUAUGAGGAUGAGAACGAGAAUGAGAAUGUCAGAUGGGACUCACUGGGUGAGCGAGAGUAUAACAAUGAAAUUGUGAAUGGAAACGAAGACGAAAAGAAAACGCUAUGA